GUGGAGAGAGAGAAAGAAAGAGAAAGAAAGAGAGAGAGAUUUGCCUGAAAAACUACAAGCAGGAGAUAUUGUCUGAAAUGAUUCUCUGAUUCCCUUAAGUGGGAUCAGAGGAUCAUCUUGUACACCAUUUUUUAAUUCAACAUGGGCGUAUAUGCAUACGUCUGAACUGCUUUCUGCCUAUGAAACUAUGCAGAAUAUUCAAAUUUUCAUCUUCUUGAACUUCCUUUGAGAAAAAACUAAAGAGGGAAUCAAGGUGGUGGGUUUUGUGGGGUUUCUUGGAUAUGGGGAUCUCACAGAAUGAAGGAAGAAUGGAGGGAUGGCUUUAUCUUAUUCGUUCCCGUAGGAUUGGAUUGCAGUACUCGCAGAAGCGGUAUUUCAUUCUCCAGGAUCAAUGUCUUAGAAGCUUCAAGUCCAUGCCAAUAUCAAAGAAUGAGGAUCCUGUAAAAAGUGCAACAAUAGAUUCCUGCAUUCGAGUUAUGGACAAUGGGAGAGAGAGUAUUAAUAGGAAGGUGUUCUUCAUUUUUACCCUUUAUAAUACUUCCAAUCACAAUGAUCGGCUUAAGCUGGGAGCAACUAGCCCAGAGGAAGCUGCAAGAUGGAUUCGCUUGUUCCAGGAAGCUGCUCUGCAGGAGUGUGCCAUUCCAGUAGAGAAUGGUCCCAAGAGAAAGUGGCAGGCCUUUAGAUUAAAUGGUUCCAAGAGAAGAGAAUGUAGAAACUCCAUAGACUGGACUCUUCGUUCAUCCCUACACAAAGAUCCAAUGUCCCAUGAUGUUAUUGCACCCUCUCCGUGGACAAUCUUUGGCUGUCAAAAUGGGUUACGGUUAUUUAAGGAGGCAAAAGAUAGGGAUCUCCAUCGGCCUUAUUGGGAUGACCAUCCAGCAAUAAUGGCAGUGGGCGUGAUUGACGGAACUUCAGAAGCUAUUUUCCAGACAGUUAUGUCCCUUGGGCCCUCCAGAUCAGAAUGGGACUUCUGCAUUUACCGAGGCAGUGUGAUUGAACAUCUUGAUGGUCAUACAGAUAUUAUCCACAAGCAAUUGAAGAGUGACUGGAUGCCUUGGGGGAUGAAAAGGAGAGAUUUACUACUGCAGCGGUAUUGGAGACGGGAGGACGAUGGAACGUAUGUUAUUCUUUACCAUUCAGUUUAUCACAAAAAGUGUCAACACCAGAAAGGCUAUGUCAGGGCCUGCCUUAAAAGUGGAGGGUAUGUAAUAUCUCCAAUUAACCAAGGAAAACAAUCAGUUGUAAAGCACAUGCUUGCCAUUGACUGGAAAUUCUGGAAGUCCUACGUACGUACAUCAUCUGCAAGAUCUAUAACUAUCCGGAUGAUUACAAAACUUGCUGCACUAAGAGAGUUGUUCACAGCCACAGGAAAUUACCCAUCCUCUGAUUUUUCAUCAGGGGAGAUGGCAAGAGAUAUUGGGUUGCCUCAAAAUGAAAGAGAGGAUAUUAAGGUAGAGGUUCAAAACUCGGCACCAAAUAGAACGAGUGAUGAAGAUGAUGGCAUGGAAAAGGAGUUGGAGAAUCCACUUUCCAAACCUGCUAUUCUCAUGGGAUUGAACGAUACAUCCGAUGAGUUCUUUGAUGUUCCUGAGCCAUCUGAUAAUGAUGAAUCAGAGAGUUGCUGGCCUUCUGAUUCAAGUCCAGAAAUGCAUCCUCAGGAUUUAUGCUAUCCCAAGCAAUCAACAGCUACGGGUUUUGUGAGAAAAUUGCAUGAUCUAGCAAUUCAGAAGAGGGGUUAUGUAGACUUACAAGACUUUCCAUGGGAAGACAGUAUACCAUGCCGUUAUGGAUCCACUCUCCCAAAUGACCCAAGUUUUAGAAUGCCUUGCAGUUGGACAACAGCUGAUCCUUCUUCAUUUCUAAUUCGUGGACAAAGUUAUCUACAAGACCGCCACAAGAUCAAGUCAACAGGCACCUUAAUGCAAAUGGUUGCAGCAGAUUGGCUUAGAUCUGAAAAGCGAGAAGAUGAUCUUGGUGGCCGUCCUGGGGGCAUUGUUCAGAAAUAUGCCAUGAAGGGGGGACCAGAAUUCUUCUUCAUUAUAAACAUACAGGUCCCUGGUUCAACCGCAUAUAGUCUUGCUUUAUACUACAUGAUGCGUACUCCUGUGGAGGACAGUCCCUUACUUGAGAGCUUUAUCAACGGAGAUGAUUCAUAUAGGAAUUCAAGGUUUAAGCUCAUACCAUACAUAUCCAAGGGCUCCUGGAUAGUAAAGCAAAGUGUUGGAAAGAAAGCAUGCAUGGUGGGUCAAGCUCUUGAAAUAAACUACUUUCGGGGGAAGAACUACUUGGAGCUUGGAAUUGACAUCGGCUCAUCCACAGUUGCAAGAGGUGUGGUUAGCCUUGUUCUCGGGUACCUAAACAAUCUGGUAGUUGAAAUGGCAUUUUUGAUACAGGCUAAUACACCAGAGGAGUUACCAGAAUUCCUGCUUGGAACAUGUCGUCUCAAUCAUCUGGAUGCAUCCAAAGCAGUUACUGUGACACCACGAUCUUGACCUGGACAAUUUCAGAUUACAACCUCCUUUAUCUCCAACAACUCCUCAACCCCCCCCCCCCCCUGGGUGAAAGAAAAAGAAAUGAAAGGACAAGAAGAAAGGAAAAACCGGGGUUCUGAUUGAGUCUCUUGGAAAGCAGUUAUGCGCAUGUUUGGAAACGAAUUCGUAUAUACUUCUUUUAUUCAAUUAGUUUUAAAUUGGCAAAAAUGUAUGGUAUCAUUGUUUUCUUAGUUACAGGUUCUGCAAUGUUUGUAUAGAUAAUUUCUCCCUAUUUAGUGCUCAUUCUUCAAUUUAUAGAGUGUUUGGUAAAUUUGUAUU